AUGUUCACAUUCUUUAAUGGUCUGUUCCGACUCUUCACACCAUUCAUUAUCAUCUUCCUGGAUCUGCAGCUGCCCAGUUUUGGGCGAAAGAUUCAAUUCAUCGGAGCAUUAGUUAUCGAAGCAAUUUUCUUCGGUAUCAUUAUAUUGUUGGUUUCGCUUGGUUACGAUUAUAAUCAUACUGCUGUCACAAUAUUGGUUAUCAUUACUAUUAUGAUCAAUGACUGCGUUUUUUGGAUCAAUAUCGUGCAGAUCACCACUCAGCGCUAUCCGACAGUGAUUCGAUCGAUUGCCUUUGGAUCGCUUCACUCGAUCAAGCAUAUCGGAUCGAUCGUUUGCCUUCUGUUUGUGACACCGUUGUUGACGUCAUGGACCGUUGGAGCUUUCGUCAUCCCGGAGAUUCUGAUUGUUGUUACGCUUGUCAUUGGGUUCUUCCUUCAACCCGAAACAAAAGGCAAAGCGCUCAUGGACCAGAUGGUAGAGGCUAAUUACGGAAGGCUUGAAAACGAAUUACCUAGAGCGCUGAUCAGGCUAGCCGCUGGUCACAAGGUAGCACAGAUGGAGGCUCGAGAAAAGUACCGUAAGGACUUUGAAGCAGCCCAAGCAGCGAAACGAGCUGGUCAAGACGUUUCCAGCCCAUGGGAAUACAAGGGACCUUCACCGCCGACAAAUCCUAUUGGACAGGGUGCCGGUUACGAGUACCAAGCGAAAUCGGAAGAGGCUCAAUUGUAG